GGAAAGGCGAAAUCCUUCCUACUAGCUAGCUUGCUGUCGCCAACCAUGCUGCCAGGUCGCCACACUUCCCGCCGUGCUGACGCCGCCACCGCCGCCAUGGAGCCUCUGGUGGCGCCGGCCGCCACCCGCGCUGCGCUGUCGGAGCUCGUAGCCACCGCCGUGUUCGUCUUCGCCGCCGAAGGCUCCGUCUAUGGCCUCUGGAAGAUGUACAGGGACACGGGGACGCCAGGCGGCCUGCUGGUGGUGGCGGUGGCCCACGCGCUGGCGCUGGCCGUCGCGGUGGCGGUGGCGCGCAACGCGUCGGGAGGGCACGUCAACCCGGCCGUCACGUUCGGUCUGCUCGUCGGCCGCCGCAUCUCGUUCGCGCGCGCCGCGCUCUACUGGGCCGCGCAGCUGCUCGGCGCCGUGCUCGCCGUGCUUCUCCUCAGGCUGGCCUCGGGAGGCAUGCGCCCCAUGGGCUUCACGCUCGGCCACGGCAUCCACGAGCGGCACGCCUUGCUGCUCGAGGUCGUCAUGACGUUCGGCCUCGUCUACACCGUGUACGCCACCGGCGCCGUCGACGGGAGCCGCGGCGGCGGCGGCGGCGGCGGCGCCAUAGCGCCCCUCGCCAUCGGCUUCGUCGCGGGCGCGAACAUCCUCGCCGGUGGCCCUUUCGACGGCGCGGCCAUGAACCCGGCGCGCGCAUUCGGCCCCGCGCUCGUCGGCUGGAACUGGCGCCACCACUGGGUUUACUGGCUCGGGCCGCUGAUCGGCGGCGGGCUGGCCGGCGCGCUGUACGAGUUUGUCGUGGCGGAGCAGCAGCCUGAGGCGCCGCCAGCUGCAGAUGCUCGCCUGCCUGUGGCCGCCGAGGAUUACUGAUGUACAUUUGCAACGUGUGCUAUACAUGGACAUAUAUGCUCUAGUGUAAGACAAUCCAGAUUAUGGAAUCAGGGCUGGAAAAUUAUAGAAUAAUUAGCAGGUCGAUUUCCAUGUUUCUAAAUAAAUCAUCAAGGGAACAACCAAAUAUGUUACCACCAGAAAGAUAGAUGCUAUGUAUAACAAAAUAACUUAACAUUGUACGGGCGAGGAUAUAUCUAAAUGUUGCAUCCAUUUUAAAAUAUAAAAAUAUAGAUUGUA